AUGGCCAAGCCCAAAAAAGGAGCAAAAGUCAAUAACCCCAACAGAAAAUCCCGCAACCAGAAGGUUCUCCAGACCAUAGCGGAUUUGCAAAAGCGUAUCGACGAAUAUGACCCGGCUACAGAUGAACAGUCCAUUUCUCAGUUCAAGCAUCUCCCCAUCAGUGAAGGAACCUACAAGGGACUUCUUGAAAAUAACUUUGUUUCGUUGACCGAUAUUCAGAAGAAAGCCAUCCCUGUAGCAUUGAAGUCCGAAGAUGUAAUGGGAACUGCCAGAACAGGAUCCGGAAAGACACUUGCAUUUCUCGUUCCAGUGAUUGAAAAGUUGAUUCGCGAAAAUAUUACUGAGUACGACGGACUUGCAGCUUUGAUUGUAUCGCCUACACGAGAGCUUGCGGUACAAACGUUUGAGGUAUUGACCAAAAUUGGUAAGUACAACUCGUUUUCUGCUGGUUUGGUAACCGGUGGAAAAGACGUCAAGUACGAAAAAGAGCGUAUUUCAAGAAUGAACAUUUUGAUAGGUACUCCAGGCCGUAUAUCGCAGCACUUGAACGAAGCGGUGGGCAUGGAAACCUCCAAUUUGCAAGUAUUGGUUCUUGACGAAGCUGACAGAUGCUUGGACAUGGGUUUCCGCAAGCAAAUUGACAAUAUUCUUGGUCAUUUACCCGUCACCAGACAAACACUUUUGUUCUCAGCGACCCAGUCAGACAAUGUCAAGGACCUUGCAAGAUUAUCUUUGGUGAAUCCUAAGCGUGUUGGAGUCAGUUCUGACCAAGAAGUGUCCAGUAUACCCGAGUCUUUGGAACAAUACUACAUCAAGAUCAGCUUAGCAUCCAAGAUGGAUGUGUUAUGGUCGUUUCUCAAGUCACAUCUCAAGAGCAAGAUCUUGGUUUUCUUCUCGUCGUCUAAACAAGUCCAGUUUGCGUAUGAGGCCUUCAGAAGACUUCAGCCGGGAAUCUCACUUUUGAAAUUAUAUGGUCGUCACAAGCAAACGUCCCGUUUAGAGACCACAAUGAAGUUUUCCCGAGCUCAGCAUGCGUGCUUAUUUGCAACAGAUAUAGUAGCCAGGGGACUCGAUUUCCCGGCUAUUGACUGGGUGGUUCAGGUAGACUGUCCAGAAGACGCUGCCACUUAUGUUCAUCGUGUGGGAAGAGCGGCUCGUUUUGGGCGACAAGGAAAGUCGCUUUUGAUGCUUGCACCUUCAGAAGAGGAGGGAAUGGUCAAAAGACUAGAAGCGCAUAAGAUCUCGUUGAAGAUGAUGAACAUCAAGCAAAAAAAUAAAAAAGUCAUAUCUCCACAACUCCAAUCGCUCUGUUUCCAGGACCCAGAGUUGAAGAAUCUUGGCCAACGUGCUUUCAUAUCGUACAUGAAAUCGGUUCACAUACAAAAAGACAAAGAUAUAUUCAAAGUCGAGGAAUUACCAGCGGCAGAAUAUGCCAAAGCUUUGGGAUUACCAGGAACCCCCAACAUCAACAUUAAGAACGGAGCAGGUAACAAGGACAAAAAGAAUAUGUCGAGAGAGUUAUUGGCACUUCAAAAGCCAGAAAAGCAAAAAUCAGAUUCGGAAAAGGUCAGAACGAAAUACGACCGAAUGUUCGAGCGCCAAAAUCAAACUGUACUUUCCAAAAACUACUUGAACAUGGCUGCUGGUGACGAUAGUGGCAGUGAGGAUGAUUUCAUGUCGGUUAAAAGAAAAGAUCACAUCAUUAAAGAUGAAGAGUUGCCUGAUUUGUCCGUUCCUGUUUCCAAGCGUCAAAGCAAAAAAGCUCUUUCGAAAAAAGCGUCUCUUAAACUGAAAGGAAACCCUACCAAAUUGAUAUUUGACGACGAGGGUGUCACUCAUCACUUGUAUGAAUUUGAAGACGAAGAAGACUUUAAGCUGAGAGGCGAUGCCAAACUUCAAAAAGCCGAAUUCGUCAGUAAAGAAAACGAAGCUAUGUCCAAGGCUGAUGUGGACGAUAAGGCUACUGCUCGAGAAAAGCGUCAAGAAAAGAAGCGGAGAUGGAAGGAGCAAGAGCGUUUAGCUCGUGAACAGGACGAGUUCUCGGGCUCAGAAGAUGAAGCCCACACGGUGACUCUAGCUGGUGCAGACAUAGAUCGUGACAUGGACUAUGGUCGUUCAAGUGAGGACGAGCAGCCUCCAAGUAAGAAACCAAAGUGGUUUGAGCAAGAGAAACCAAAGAAGAAGAAGGUCGAUAUUGUUGAGGUUGAAGAACCUGAGACACUUGAGGAUUUGGAAGCGUUGACCGCCAAGUUGAUUGGAAGUUGA